AUGGCACUCACCUGGGACAAUGAGCCAGCAGGCUCUGGACUGCGUUUCAAUUGUUUACAGGACUCACCCUACCUUUGUCAACCGCCAAACUCUUUUCCAUCCAGAUCCACAGACCAUAUUGCACCGGCAGAGAACCUUUCCCUGACAGGACUCAAAGCCAGUCCAGUCUGGUCAGCACCGCUUUGGCUCUCAAACCUGCGCCAGAUAAUAGGUUUUCGCUUUUCGCCUUCUAAAACUCUGCAAGAACCAUAUUCAUACCACCGGUACACAGCAUCGACCGUACCAGCCAACACAAAGUAUCAGCAAAUCAUGCCUCCAAAACAAACCCCAAAAGCGGCGGCAGUCUCCUCUUCAUCUACACCACCGGGCUCUGUAGAGUCUUCGCCGUCUUCACCAACAUCCAGAAAGUCUCUGCGUCUUUCUCCUUCAGUUUUGAGAUCAGAGCGGGAAGGACGCCGGCCCAAAAGGCAGUCUAUCUCUCCACAAUCCUCUGGAAUUUCUACCCUUUCAUCACCCCCGGACUCUGAUGAGCUCGAUGACCCUUUUGAGGAGAAAACAGUAGAGUCGAGCCGACCAAGCCUAAAAAGAAAAGCUCAUGAAGACAACGCGCCGCUCUAUGAAACUCCUACUACUAGAGCUGCUGCCAAGUCCCAAGUCCCAGACAAGAAGCGCAAAGUCCACUUCCUAGUAGAUGAAGAUCAGGACGUCAAGGCCAGUGACCCAGUUGCCCGUGGUCAUCGACCCGCAUUUCUGCCUGGUCUCGGUAUGCCGUUCGAACUUGUUGGGAAAUCCAUCUUUGCCAAGACCGAUGGCUCCGGAGAGCAGAAAGCUUGGAGUCGCAAAUAUAUUUCAGCGCGAGAUCGGAGAAGAGAGGUCCUUCAGACUACACAAUCAGCACUAGGACCCGAGCUUGGGGGCUCACGUGCCUCAACUCCAGCCUCCUUUGUCUCCAACACUCCUAGCAAGCGUGGUAGAGGCAAUGGAAGACGAGGGCGAGGAAGGGGACGCGGUGGCCGAGGACGAGGCGGAGGUCGGACAGGCAGAAACGAAGACUCACCGGAACCACCAAAGAAGAAGAUCCUAACCGAGGAGGAGAAGGAGAUCUUGGCCAGCCUGAAGGCAAGGCAGAGCGAAUUGAAGAAAUUCUUCAAAGACGUCGCAGCCCAGCAGAACCAGAGUUUGCAUCUUCUGACGACCCGAGACCUAACUAAGAUUGCCAAAAAGAGUAAAGCUCACGAAAAAGUACCUGAGUAUCAAGUGCUGCUCGACGACUUGGGCGAGAAGAAAAAGGAUGCAGAAGACUUCGCUAAGAGGAAAUAUGAGUAUGAUCAGCAGCAAGCUAAUCUUCUGCUCGAGGCCGAGAAGGAAGUAAUCGAGCGGAGAUUCAGGACUCGAUGUGAAGAAGCCAAAUCAGAACAUCAUGCUGCUGCCCGCGGCGAUUGCCUAAUAGCGAUGGAAGCCAUCCAAGCUAUGAUAGACGACAAUCGGACUGAAGCAGGUUCCCCUGACCAAAGCUGCUUUCCACGGUUCCACUCAUUGGCCCCACCGGGGAUGGUGCGUGGAUACUAUUCUCAGCACGUCACUGAUGAGACUUCUCUUCGUCGUCCUCUAUCCAGCUUCGAUGAUACUAUUCGCCGAGCAGUUCUUGAUCACGACGUGGUCUCACCUACUCUUUUUGAAGGUCUCGACGUACCACGAGCUCAUCAAACUAAGGAUAUAUCACAGCAGGCUCACGAUUCUAGCAGCGUAUCUUCUCCUCAUGAGAGUAAGCAGCAUCCAACGCUGAGCUUCCAAGCUCUCGCCGAUGAAGCUACACGUCGACUAGAGGAGUCAAAGAACGUCACGACUCCCAUCACCCCUCAAGCUACUCACCCACAACCACCUACCGUCCCCAAACCUCCACAACAAGACCCCAAUCUAGGCUCCUGGCCUCUGUCCCGACUUGCAGAUGCCGCUGAGCACGAAUCGACCCGAAGAAACCAACAGGUCACGCAGAACAACCACAUCUUUCCACCACCACCACCACCACCACCUCCUCCUUCUCGCAUGGUCCCAAUAGAUCCCUUCCAACCCUGGCUCGGGUUUAUGGCAGAAGCCUUACCUCUAGCUCCUCCACAUCAUCAGCCACGAAAUAUGCAAUGGCCAGCACCACCACCACCAACACCGCAGCAGCAGCAGCAGCAGCAGCGCAUUCCCAUGACAAUGCCACCACUGCCGUCGAAUCUACCAAAUUACACCAUAUCUCAUCUUUUCAACCACAACCACAACCACAACCACAACCACAACCACAACCACAACCACAACCACAACCACAACCACAACCACAACCACAACCACAACCACAACCACAACCACAACCACAACCACAACCACAACCACAACCACAACCACAACCACAACCACAACCACAACCACAACCACAACCACAACCACAACCACAACCACAACCACAACCACAACCACAACCACAACAGCGGCAACAGCAGCCCCAACAGCUGA